UCACGCCAGUCGGCAUCACCCCGCAACACCCCUCGCUCUCGAACCGUUAACUCGGUGCACAGACGAGACAUCUCCGGAGCACACUUUCUGCCCGCACAGCGCACAUUUCAACGCCGAGCCAUACAACCCACGACAAUCACAAAUGGCUUCUGCUCAGUACGCCUUCCGCGCGCAAAAAGUUACCGGCAUCGCCGACAGCCCAAGCUGGGCCGUGACCGGCCGCGUCCCUGCUGACGCGGCCGCGACCAGGGCAUUCGCCUACUCGCCCGACGGCCAGUGGUUCGCCUACGCCUCGGCCGAGACCGUCGAGCUCCUGUCCGCAGCUGACGAGCCGACCUCGGCACCUCGCACCAUCGCGCAGGCCAACGUCGUGGCCGUCAGCUUCUCGCCCAAGUCGAGCUGGCUGUUCACGUACGAGCGGCCCGUUAAGAGCGACACGGACGUGCACAAGAACGUCAAGGCAUGGGACAUUGCCACGGGAGAGAACGUCGGCGGGUGGUACUGGAAGACGGGCGACGACUGGGUUCCGACCAUCACCGCCGACGAGGCCCACCUCCUUCGCCCAACCGCGUCCGACCUGCUCGUCUUCACCCCGCCGCUUGCGCCGCGCCCCGUGACCCGCCUCAAGGGUGACGGCCAGAUCAAGAACGUGUUCCUCUCGGCCCCGACGUCCCUGCCCGAGGGUGCCACGAGCAGCAAGCCGAUCAGGCCGUACCAGGAGCCUGCGGUUGCCGUCUGGGUCGGCGAGAAGAAGGGCGCGCCUGCCAGCGUCGCCCUCUACCCCCUCUCAUCGCUCCUCGGCAAGGCUCAGGCCGCCAACGGCGAGGUCGAGCAGACUGAGAACCGUGACUUCCCGAUGACCCUGUCGAGGAAGGCAUUCUACAAGGCGGACAAGCUCAACGUCAAGUGGAACAAUGCCGGUACUAUGGCCCUGUUCCUCACCCACACCGACGUCGACAACACUGGCAAGUCGUACUACGGCGAGACGAACCUCUACCUCGUUGGCCUGGACGGCAAGUUUGACGGCCUUGUCGACCUCGACAAGGAGGGCCCCAUCUACGACUUUAACUGGAACCCCAACUCGCGCGAGUUCACCGUGUGCUACGGCUACAUGCCCGCCAGGACGCAGACCUACGACCUCAAGGCCAAGCCUACCCACCUUUGGGGUAACAACCCGCGCAACUUUGUCCUCUACCAGCCCCAGGGCCGCCUCCUGCUCUCGGCAGGUUUCGGUAACCUUGCUGGCGGUAUCGACAUCUGGGAGGUUAGCACAAGGAAAAAGAUUGCCGAGUUUACCGCGUCCAACUCGUCGCACUGCGAGUGGUCGCCAUGCGGUCGCUACAUCCUCACUGCUACCCUGUCUCCUCGUCUUCGUGUCGACAACGGUGUCAAGAUCUGGUGGGCCGGUGGCCAGCUCCUGCACAUCCACCCCCAGGACGACCUCUACCAGGCCAGCUUCCGCCCCGGCAAGGUCGAGGACACGCCGACCUUCCCGGCCGUUGUGCCCAAGGCUCCCGAGGCGAACCCCAGUGUUGCGCAGUUCAAGUCGGACAAGGAGGAGAACGGUGUCGCUGCCAAGCCCAUGGGUGCCUACCGCCCUCCUGGAGCUCGCGGAAACGCCGCCUCGGACGCGUACCUCCGUCGCGACGACGACUCUGCUCCCUCGUCUGGCGCCUCAACGCCAAUGUUCAAGGGCGGCAAGCCCGCCCAGCGUUACAUUCCCGGCGGUGGUGUUCCCGGUGCUCCUCCUGGAGCGGCCGCCGACAAGGGCGAGAAGAAGAAGCGCACCAGGAGCAAGAACAAGAAGGGCCAGGACGCUGCUGCCGAGGACGUGCCUGCUGCGGCUAUUGCCAAGCUCGAGGUGACUGCCGAGGCGGCUGCUGGUGACGACGACGCCAACACCAAGAAGAUCCGCAACCUCACCAAGAAGCUCAAGGCUAUUGACGACCUCAAGGCCCGUGUGGCCAAGGGCGAGGUCCUCGAGAAGACGCAGCUUCAGAAGAUUGAGACCGAGGCCAGCGUGCGGUCCGAGAUUCAGUCGCUCGGCGGCGAUGCUUAGGUUUAGGCGGUUAUAGUACAUCACGACGACACGACGGCGCGUAAAAGCCGUGGCGCACACUCAUUUGGCGCCACGGCCUACUGGCAACUUGCAGUACCUUGCCUCACACACCACCCCUUCCCACCCGUUAUCAUGUCAUGGCAUCUAUGCAUUACAUUGUUGUCGCGGGGUGAGCGGCCGUGCGUCUCGGGCUACGCGACGCGACGCGAAACGGCGCACGCAGCAGGCGAUGACGCGACGAGAGGACGACACCCUUGCACGUCGCGUCAAGGAGCACACCGGCAUGCCGCCCCGCACCGCAAUGAGCCGACUACUUCUUCUUAGAGCCGCCCUUUGCGUCGUCGCCGCCACCCUCAGCAGCGGCCUUCUUAGCCUGUAUCACGGUGAGCAUUGAACACCAAACGCGCAAGUCGAAUCAACCCACGGCAAUCUUCUCCUGCAGUGCC